AUGACCAUGAAUGGUAAAAAUGGUUUGAGGCCAAUACAGAACAUUGAGGCAGCCACCACAUGCUUUAUUAAGGCAAAUGUUGGGGUGGGACAGCCCAGUCGCCUGGGGACCAAACCCCCCACCCCAACCCGCAGCGGCCAGCAAGCCGGUUCCCUGCGCUGCAGGAGAGCGAGUACUGGGCCCCAGGCAGAGCUGCUGCAGAGCCAGGCAGAAGCCAGAGCAGGGAAAUUAGGCACAGCCGGAGGGCAGCGGGGGCCUCGCCCCCCACGGGCGUCUCGGGCCAGGCUUCCUCCUUCCAGCGCGGCCUCUGCAUCCUCCCUGGCCCCAGCGGGGCCUCCCGCGCUCACGGGACGCGUGGACUCCGCGCCGUGGACUCAAGCCGGGCGACGCCGAGCGGAGCCUCCCGGGAGAAACCCGGCGUGCGUAGGAGACGGUGCCAAACGGGAGCUGCUGUUCCUGACCACUCUGCCGGAAGUGGGGAGGCUGGCAGAAGAGAAGCACUCUCCUGGGGAACGGAAGCUGACAGGGAAGAUGUUUGUGGAUAGCCGGCCUGUCCAGCCCCUGGUCUACCUGGAGUUCAUCCGGAAUGUCUGCAGGGAUGAGGCCUCGAGGAGCCUCUCGCACACAGCCAUCUCCAAGUUUGUCCUGCACCGAAUAUUUGUCUGCGACAAGCACAAGAUUCUUUUCUGCCAGACUCCCAAAAUGGGCAGCACACAGUGGAAGAGGGUGCUGACUGUCCUCAAUGGAGCCUUUCUAUCCAUUGAAGAAAUCCUGGAGAACGUGGUGCAUGACCGCGAGAAGAACGGCCUCCCACACCUCUCCUCCUUCAGUGAGGCCAAGAUCCAGAAGCGAUUAAAAACACACUUCAGGCUUUUCAUCGUAAGAGAUGCCUUCGACCGACCCAUUUCUGCCUUUAAGGACAAGUUCGUGCACAAUCCCCGAUUUGAACCGUGGUGUAGGCAUGAGAUUGCCCCGGGCAUCAUCCGGAAGUACAGGAGGAACCGGACGGAGACCUGGGGGAUCCAGUUUGAGGAUUUCGUGCGCUACCUGGGCGACACGAACCACAGGUGGCUUGACCUUCAGUUUGGGGACCACAUCAUCCACCGGGUGACAUAUAUGGAACUUUGUGCACCCUGUGAGAUCAAGUACAGUGUGAUUGGACAGCAUGAGACGCUGGAAGAGGAUGCCCCAUACAUCCUGCGAGAAGCUGGCAUCGACCACCUGGUGUCCUACCCAGCCAUCCCUCUGGGCAUUACCGUGUAUAACAGAACCAAGGUCCAGAACUACUUCCUGGGCAUCAGUAAACGGGAUAUCCGGCGACUGUAUGUGCGCUUCGAGGGAGACUUCAAGCUCUUUGGGUAUCAAAAAUCAGAUGUUUUGCUAAACUAAUGUGUAGGAUCUGUGAAUGCAGAGUCUUUAUUAGUGCAGGGAUAACCAGGAGAGAUCUGAGCACAGGAAUGACUUCUCGGUCACACCUCUGCUUAAGAGACUCCCCGGAUGUCUGGUCCUAGGAGCAAGUGAAGUUGUACCCUGGCAGCUCUGCCUGGCUUAGGUGUAAGAUGCUGAGGGCUCCACCCACGCAACCUGUAUCAACAGGACACCAGUGGCCCUUGCCAUUUCCCAGAAGAGAUGUGACACAGCAUUAGGAGUUGUCUAAGUGGGAGUCAUACCUGUGGCUGUCCUGGCUAGACCCAGUGGUCGCAUCAGUCACUGGUGGAUGGCAGGAACAAAGAGCACCAAACAAAGGAGAGAUGGAGAAACUGAGACACAGCAAACACUCCCAUGGCUCGUGCAGGAUCAAAUCUGGGUCAUGGAAUGACACCUCUGGCUCCCUUUUGGGACUGCUGUAAUUAUGAAGGCAAACUGGACUUCCUGUGGCCAUCGGUUCCAGUGACAGUGGUGACCACAGAGUGGUCCCAGUGGUCCAUUUGUUCAGAACCACGCCGUGUGACACUUGCCCUCAUUUCUGAAGCUUUGUGUGCCAAGCACCUCUUUCAUCCAGCAUAGUUUUGGUACAUGAGGAGGGAGUAGAUUCUUUCCACCUGAGCAGGGGACACCUCGGGGUCCAAAAAAGAACAUGGCGAGGGAGGCUGCUGUGGAUGGGCCCGUGUCCUGCCUGCACACCUCCUGUCUUAAGUGACUGUUGCGGUGGGCAGCAGGGCUCCCCACAUCUCUCCCCACCAUUUGCUCUCCUCAGAGGAGAGAACUGAACAUCUGCUGUCUGACAGAGCAACUGGAGGAAACCAAACAUUGGGGGCAGCAUGGCAGGCUCGUGGGAUUCAUUUGGGCUUACCCGUCUUAGUGUCUUCUCAUCUCCACAAGGUGGCUGCCCCUAGGCCCUUUUAUGAUCAUGCCACCAUCCUGGAUGAAGUGGCCAGGAGUUGGGUAACCAAGUUCACCAGCAAUAAACCCUCCAGUGAGGUGCCUUCUGGGCACAGAAGCAGCCCUGCUGAUGAGUGAGCCACUGUGGCUGUUUCAGACCUGGCUGACAAAGGUGACAAGACAGCAUCCCCAAGAGUUGGUGGCGCUCACAUCUGUACUAUGCCUGUGAGCCCAGGCCUGGGAGAAUGGAGCCAGGCCUUUCUUAGAGGCUGCCUCCCCCUUCUCAAGAUGGCUUCCUGAAUUUAUAAAUGUGAAAGUGAAAUAAAAUGUAAAAUAUGUGCCAAACCAGAUUCGUGCUGCAGCUCCAGCGAAAGGUGCUCUGGGCCAUACGUGAGACCCCAGGUCUGGCAGUAGGGACAAGACUGUGGACAGGAAGCGGGACACGGCCCUUCAGGCCCUUUAUCCUUGACUGUUGGGCCAACAAUGUGUUGUUAUUUUUAUACAAAGUUUUGGUGAAGUCUUUCUCUUUUUUUUUUUUUUUUUUGUACCGGGGAUCGAACUCGGGUCCUUGUGCUUGCGAGGCAGGCGACGGAACCACUGAGCUAAAUCCCUGGCCCAAUGGUAAAGUCUUGUUAUCAUUUUGGACCUGAUGAGCUGAUUGAUUACCUCUUUCUUGUAUGAAAAGUCACAGUGUGAGAAAUGUAUGUGAAUUUAAGGCCUUAAAGCUAUUCCUAAUUAAAAUAACAUUUUCUCUCAGAAAAAGUAAAUAAAUAAAUAAAUAGGGAAGUUAAUAAGGUUACAGAUAUGUUAAAGUCUCUGUUGAAAAGAGGAAAUCUGUUGAAAAAGGGAAGUUAACGCAACAUGUUAAAAUCUCUGUUGGAAAAGGGAACUCUUUGCUGUGUUGAAAAGAAAUUAAAAAGUACUUUGUUUCUGUGUUUCCCUUUUCUCAUAUUUAUUCCUUUCUCUU